CCAUUUCAGUUGUUAGUCAUGAAUUGGACGGGUGAGCAUCGUGCCUUUGUUAUUGAAACGUUUAUGAAAAGUAACGAAUCUGUGAUUACGACGCAAAGAACAUUUUGUACUCACUUCGCGCUUGGUAGACAUGCUCCAGUUCCAGAUCGCAAAACAAUACUGUUGUGGGUUUCAAAUUUUAGAGCUACAGGUUCAGCCUUAAAAAUAAAAUCAACUGGUAGACCCAGAAGUGUCCGGACACCUGAAAUUGUUGCAGCUGUAAGAGAAGCAAUUGAACGAUCUCCUAGCCGUUCAGCUGUGAAACAUGCCUCUGCUUUGCAUUUGUCAGAUCGUUCUCUGAGAAGAAUUUUACACACCGAUCUGAAGUUCCACCCAUACAAAAUGAUGAUCGUGCAAGAACUUAGUGAACGGGACUGGGAGAAUCGCAGAACAUGUUCCAACGAUAUUCUUCAAAACGUCCCACAAAAUGCUCUUUUAAUAACGAGUGACGAAGCUCAUUUCCAUUUGUCUGGCUGUGUGAACAAGCACAAUUUUCGCUACUGGGCACUAGAAAAUCCGCGGCAGCUUCAUGAAAGGCCACUUCACAGCCCACGUGUUACCGUUUGGUGUGCUGUUGGAUCUUUUGGCGUUUGGGGUCCCUAUUUUUUUGAACAGGAAGGCGUGACGGUUACUGUAACUGCCGAUCGAUAUAUCGGCAUGCUACGCAAUUUUUUGGAACCAAAACUUAGAGAACUUGAACAUCGGGAUGUGUGGUUUCAACAGGAUGGAGCUACGGCUCAUACGGCAAGAAGGACAAUGGACGUUUUAAGGGAAAUGUUUCCAGGGCGCGUAAUCUCGUUACGUGGAGACGUUGGGUGGCCUGCGCGUUCACCCGAUCUUGCUCCAUGCGACUUUUUUCUUUGGGGAUACCUGAAAGCGAAGGUUUUUCAACACCAUCCCCGAACCAUUGACGAAUUGAAAGCAGCAAUACGCCAAGAAAUUACAGGAAUAUCGCCUCAAAUUACUGCUCGAGUGAUGGAAACUUUCAGAAAUCAGCUUCGAAUGUGCAUCGACACCAUGGUCGCCAUUUGGACUCUGUAA